AUGCUGUCACUGUUACCCAAAGCUGUCCUUGUCUUGCUCUAUGUUUUGCCCACGAUCGGGUUGAAGACGCAGACCAUGCUGACAGCAUGCACUUGCAGCUGCUGCGAGGCCUCCGCUCGAUCAUUCCUUCGGACAGGGCACAACGCAGUGAUUUGCACCCCGCUCUUCGCCAUAGCACAAGCAUCCAGCUGCCCUGCAGAGUGCAAUGAUCUCCAGGAAGCAACCGCUAAGGCACUUCACAAUGCCGCGCUGGGAGAUGAAGAAAGUGCAGUGGACUACUCGCGCUUUUGCUUACAAAGCUGUAGUCCUCCUGGUGCGAAGCAAAGCCUUUGUACUCCUAGCUUGCCGCUGCCCCUUUUGGACACCUCCUUGCUUGCCAAGCCUGAGUCAACAGCCCCAGAGACAGGGACACUGGUGGCAGAGGCUGAGGGCAAAAAGGCGUCCGCAAUGGCAGCGGAAGCGAAAGUUGCUGCAGCAGAAGCAGCAGCCGCAGCAGCAGAGGCCAAAGCAGCAGCAAACUUGGAGAUGGCUCAGAGCAGAGGCUCAUUGGCUUCAGAGAUCACUGAAGAACUGAAAGCCAGUGCAGCUCGAGCUGCCAUGUAUGCCAACAGCGCCUCAGAAUCGGUCAAGAAGGCUGAGAAGGAGCUACAGGAAAUGAAGGAUCUUCCAAAGAAGGCAGCGGAAGAGGCAGCACAAGAAGCUAUUCGACAGCUCCAGCAGGAGGAUGACACAAACAAGAAAGUCUUGGAGACAUUCCAGGCACAUGCCACACCUACCUUGCAGCCUCCAUCAGCUGCAGCAGCCAUUGCCGCGUCCCCGUUCAGGGCAGCAAUUCGUGAGGCCGAACAGGUGCAAAAUGUCUAUGAACAAAGAGCCUCCCAACUGAAGUCCGAGGCUGACUUGUUGCGAGCCAGUUCUGCCAGUGUUGGAGACCGCUUGGAUGCCUAUGCCAACAACAAGGACUUCUCGCGAGUCAUCCGAGCUCAGUCGCAUGACUUGCUGGUGGAGUCCUUGAGGAAGGAGACUGAGGCAGCCAAAGCCAUGGACGAUGCACACCGUGCAGGACGACCCAUCCCCAAACUGGAAGCGGCAGCGGCCACCGCGGCGGCGAGGGCUUCGAUUUUGGAGUCCAGCAAGUGGAUGCCGCCCAGUUUGGGCCCCAUUCCUGUCAUGGCAAUGGCGCCUGCACCAUCUCCAGCUUAA